CUUGAAAAAAAAAGUGAUAAUAACUACGUUUUUAUUUUCAAAUAGUUAUAUACUGACUUUAAUUUGUUUCCUUGCAGUGCACAAAAAAAUUAAAAAAAAUCGUAAUCAAUAUAUUUUUUUUUAAUUGAAUUGAUAAGUGAUAAAUACAAUAAUAAAGUGUUAGUGGAGUGAAAGUGGUGGAUAAAAGUGAAAGAACACACCACAACGACGAUAUGUCAUCAACCACCCACACAUCGACACCAUGCCAGCGGUGAACACAACAUGGCGUCCUACACAAACACAUUCCAAACUCCAAAAAUAUGAUAAAAUAUACGAAAACUCCAAUAACUAUGGAUCUAGCAAAAAAACUAUAAAGAAUCCACACAAAAUUAGUCACGAAAAUGGAUGCAAUAGACGAUGUUUUCAAAAAGAGAAUAGAGGGAAGAAACUGAACGUUUUGCGGUUCACAAGAUGGCGGACGAAAACAAAAUGGCGGCUGAGUUCGAGGGUGCUUAUACCGCUGAUGAUUUUGAAUGUUACGGGACGCGCGGGAGCUGUGGAAUCCCUCACCAGUCGAAUGAUGUCUCUCCUCGGCUACCCAGCGUCCUGCAGCGUGGGCGGCGAAGCCAGACCGUGUACGCUAGCCUUGACGUGUUGGCUGCGAGGCGGGGCGCGGAGUCGCGGCUGCGGGGGCGGAUGGCUGCUGACCUGCUGUGUUAGAGAGAAAGAGAGUUCCAGUAUGACGUCAUCAGAGUGGCGCUACAAGGCUCCUCCGCGCUUGCGCGUGCCACAAAGGAGUGUUGUCCCCAACAACGUGUUCCGACGGAGAGUAGAUGAUGACAGUACACAGUUGGACUGCGGUCUUCCAUCCACCCGCAUCUUGCAGAAAAGAAUCAUCGGCGGGCGAGAGGCGAGGUUUGCCGAGUUUCCUUGGCAGGCGCAUGUCAGGAUCUCGGAAUUCCAGUGCGGUGGCGUUUUAGUGUCCCACUGGUUCGUAGCGACGGCAGCGCACUGUGUGUCGCGUGCGCAUCCUCGAGACAUUGUAGUGUGGCUUGGAGCCUUGGACACCACUGCUGGAUCCAACACUGCCAGGAAAGUCGGAGUCAUCCAGAAGAUUCUCCACCCCCUCUUCCAAUUCCGCAUGACGCAGCCAGAUCGCUAUGACAUCGCUUUACUCAAACUCUCUCGACCUAUCGCCUACGCCAGUCACAUACUACCCAUAUGUCUACCUGAAGCUACCUUGGAGCUGAGGGGGAAAAGUGGGGUUAUAGCUGGUUGGGGCAAAACGGAUACAAGCAAUGGACAUACUGGGACAAACCUGCUUAGAUCGGCGACAGUGCCUAUACUGAGCACAGAGCAGUGCAUCAACUGGCAUCAAAGAAAGCAGAUCACAGUUGAGAUACAUUCGGAGAUGAUCUGCGCGGGACAUUCUGAUGGACAUCAAGAUGCUUGCUUAGGAGACUCCGGAGGACCUCUAAUAGUCCUGGACAGUGGGAGGUACUACCUGGCCGGCAUCACGUCAGCAGGCUUCGGCUGCGGAGUAGACCACCAGCCUGGCAUCUACCACAAUGUCCAGUUCACAGCCAACUGGCUCAGGAGCGUCAUCAGCCCUAACACUAACCCUAACUAUAUUGACUUCUAGUUCUGACUCUAAAGAGACACCUUGACACAUGUUCCCAAAAUCUUGGAGAAAUUCUCUGGAAUGUGGAUAUAAGAUGCCAAUUGGCACAAAAGCAUCUUUAACAACGACUUUACACAAAAGUUCUCAAAAACUGGAGAAAGUAAUUUUAAUCGUAAACUAGAACUUUCCUUUGCUAAUUGGAGAAAGUAAUUUUCUUAAAAAUGGACUUAAAUGCCAUUUGGCUUAGGAGCAGCACCAACUAUAUUGUCUUCUGAACACAUUAGAGGGAUAGAGUGGGAGAGGAAUAAAGAAAGAUCGAGAAGGCAUCACAUCAGCUGGCUUCGGCUGCGGAGUAGACCAUCAGCCUAGCAUCUACUACAAUGUCCAGUUCACAGCCAACUGGCUCAGGAGCGUCAUCAGCCCUAACACUAUGCUUUAACUAUGCUUUAUAGGACAUUCUUACACAGAUUGACUGAGGCCCACGGUAAGCUCAAGAAGGCUUGUGUUGUGGGUACUCAGACAACGAUAUAUAUAAUAUAUAAAUACUUAUAUACAUAGAAAACAUCCAUGACUCAGGAACAAAUAUCUGUGCUCGUCACACAAAUAAAUGCCCUUACCGGGAUUCGAACCCGGGACCGCGGAGUAGCAGGCAGGGUCACUACCGACUGCGCCAGACUGGUCGUCGCCAGAACACUAACCCUAACUAUAUUGACUUCUAGUUCUGACUCUAAAGAGACACCUUGACAAAUGUUCCCAAAAUCUAAGAGGAAUUCUCUGGAAGCAUCUUUAACAACAACUUUACACAAAAUUCUCAAAAACUUGGGAAAUAAAUUUUCUUAAAGAUGGAUUUAAGAUAAUGCUAUUUGGCUUAGGAGCAGCACCAACUAUAUUGACUUCUGAACACAUUAAAAGGAUAGAGUGAGAGAGGAAAAUAAAAAAACAGGGAAGGAAAUACAUCAACAACACCAACUACUUAUUGUAUUGAAUUUUGGAUAACUCAUUUCUCAAACCUGAAAGUUACAAGUUACAAGCGGAAGUCUCUUUUCAACUUGUCAUAUUAGACAUUGAUAAGCACUUGUAAAUUGUAACUUGUACGUUCGAGAUUGGGCCCCUGGGACACAAAAUGUAUCUACUUACUGUAAACUUUCAAAAACUUAGUCUUAAAAAUAUUUGUAGAGGCUUUUAGCAGAUUUUAGAUAACCUAAUGAUUAGGAUCGCCUAAAGCAAAGACUUAAUAAAAUGAGGUUAACACAGAAUGACAGACAGAGGUCUAGCGGGUAAAAAAGGCCCUUUUUGAAGUAAUGAUGGUGACAGGAGGCAAACCAGCAGACUGGUCGCCUGAUGGUAAGCAAUCACAGCCGCCCAUGGACACCCUAAACAUCAGAAGCGUUGGAGGUGCAGGUGGAGGGUGUACGCUCCUUUAUUGAAGGUUUGAAGGUAUACAAACAUAGUCCCCAUUUUUUCUCUCCGAAAAUUAACCUUAUAGAAAAUAUUUUGACAAAAUUUAAUUUCAAACCUACCUUGAGACAUUUUUUUUUUCAUUAAUAUUAAUACUAGCUUUUGCCCGCGGCUGCGCUCGCGUUAGAAAGAGACAAAAAGUAGCCUAUGUCAUUCUCCAUCCCUUACAGUAUCUCCACUUAAAAAAUUACGUAAAUUCUUCGCUCCGUUUUGCCAUGAAAGACGGACAAACAAACAGACACACACACUUUCCCAUUUUAGAGGUAUAAUAUUACUAGUACUCAUCUCCUACCCUCUAAUUUCUGUGACUAUAUCUCGCCAUUUUCUUGCAUUUAAUAUAUUAUUAAUUAAACUAAUAUUAACUGCUCACUUGAUCUCCCGUUUUGUAUUUAUAAUAUUGUUUUCCCCUCA